CCCACCAGUUUAAAACAGAUUUUAGGGCUGCAGUGCGUUCAUUUAAGUUUUAGUCUUUAUCAGAGAGAAAUAAAUCAAGCGCAGGGAGAGAUAUACACACACACUCAUACACUAGAGGAUGGACUCCCGCCAGGACGAUGCUCUGCUGGAGAGAGCCUCCAGCUCAGAGACUAUGACUGAGCCAAGACGCAGCCCGAAUGGUAAAGCACUGAAGGUGGCCGGUCUGACCGUGCUGGCAUGUCUCCUGCUGGCUGGUCAGGCUUUCACAACCUACUACGUUGUGAGCCAGAAGGAUCAUCUCCAGGCUCUGGAGAAGGGUCAGGACACCUUGAAGAGGGAGCUCACACGCAUGCUAACAGUGGCUCCUAAAAUGAUGCGCACCCCCAUGAGCAAAAUGCCGAUGAUGGUGGCCCUUGAUGAGGACAGCUCGAAACAGCACGUACCACUCACGAGACUGCAGCCAUCCAGCUUUUCAACCCAGAAGGAGGGAAGUGGCCUUGUGGAUGAAGGGCCCAGAAUGAUUCCUAGGAGGAUGGCUGUUCCCAUGAACCAUAUGCCUUUGCUCUUGAAGGAGGAGGCCGGGGGCACUGAGCUUCCUGCUGCCAAGGUGGAGAGAAAGUGUAAGAUCGAGGCUGGAGAGGUCAAACCAGGCUUCUAUAAGCCACAGUGCGAUGAGGAGGGCAACUACAAGCCCAAGCAGUGCUGGCACAGCACUGGCUAUUGCUGGUGUGUGGAUAAGAAUGGCAAGGAGCUCCCUAAUACUCGGACACGCGGCGAACUGGACUGUGGCAAUGUCAACUAAAAGCUUGGCCAAAGUCAGCAGAGUGGAAGAAUGGAAGUUGAAAUCUCACAUACUGAAUCAAACAGAAUCUGUCAUUAAAAAUCAGAUACUAUUAGCUUUUCUGUCUAGUAUCUAUCUGUUAUCUGACUCUUUCGCAGCAGAUUUGAGUAAAAUGAUUAAUUCUUGAUUAUUACAAAUAAAUUCAUUUAGCAUCUCAUACUGUUUCUUCUAUUUAGAUUAGAUAAUUAAUGUUACCUUUAUAACAGUUGCUAAAACCUGACUCAUCUGACUGUAUUAGUUUUUACUUUAUUUUAUUAUUAAUUUACCUUUUAUUUUUAUUAUUUUUUUUUUACUUAAGGCAUGUUUGGAGAUGGCAAAAGACUGUAGGAUGUGGCUCUUUAAAUAAAAAGUUCUGUAUUGUAAAUAAGUGGCCUUCGAAUAAACCAUGCCUACCUAUUCUAAA